AUGAACCUCUCUGGUCCUGGGUUGAAUGUGGAGUUCAUGGGCGUGUGGCGAGGUAGGCGCAGUGAUGCAGCUGCCAUGAAUUGCUUGAGGAGGAGGGACGCUGGCCUACUAAAUCAGUUACAAGAGCUAGAUAAGCAAAUAAGUGAUCUCCGCCUGGACGUGGAAAAAACGACAGAUGAACACCUUGAGACAGACAGUCGUCCAAGUUCAGGGUUUUAUGAGCUGAGUGAUGGAGCUUCUGGAUCGCUCUCCAAUUCGUCAAACUCUGUCUUCAGUGAGUGUUUAUCCAGUUGCCAUUCUAGCACUUGCUUUUGCAGCCCUUUGGAGGCAACACUGAAUAUCUCAGAUGGACGCCCUAAAUCUGCAGAUCUCAUAGGCUGGAUGGACUAUAAUAAGGAAGGCCAGCAUGAGGACCAGACCGCAGGCUCUGUCUGUCGCUCUUUGUCCACACCGCACUCAAAUUCCCUCGAUGUCGUUGCAGAUGUACAUCCAAAGUACCAGUGCGAUCUGGUGUCUAAAAACGGGAACGAUGUCUACCGGUACCCCAGCCCACUCCACGCAGUAGCUGUGCAGAGUCCCAUGUUUCUUCUCCCCGUGACUGAAAACCCCCAGCGAGAAGAGGAGAGGCUUGGUUGUGAUAUUAGUGACGUUUGCGCCGGAUCUGAAACGGACUCAGGAAAAUCCGCCAACACCUUUCUGCCGCAAGGCUCCUGGAUGGCACCGUGCCCUUCCACCAGCAAGAGGAUAGACGGUUACAUCUUAAGCCUGGUUCAGAAAAAGACUCACGCGGUAAGGACUAACAAACCGAGGACGAGCCUCAACGCCGAUCCCACCAAAGGGAUCUUGAGGCAUGGAAGCAUGUGCGUCAGGCAGCCUGCAGGGGUGGUGGCUCACGGUAACGUUGUGAACCUGAAGAGCUCCAAGCAAGUGUGCUUGCCUUCUGGUGGGACCACCGCUCUGGACCACUCAGCACCCUCCCCGUUAAAGCAGAGGCCGAGGGAGCCGGCUGGUGAGCAGCUGGAGAGUAGGAAGGCACCUUUGCCGGUGGCUUUCCCGCCCAGCACAGCGAAUGAACUUCAGAGCAAGCACCUACUGCGGGGUGUCAAACCAGCACCCCCGGAGCUCAACCGCAACGCAGUGGCCAUGGCAGGGGACGUCCCCAAGGAGAAUAGCCAGCUCUUUGCUGCGUCUCCCAAAGAGAGCCCGGGGAAGACCGUGGUGCUGCAGCCAGAGAACAGGGUCAGCCAGCCUCCCAAAAAAGUCCUGCUAAAGAGCAGCUUGCAGGUGGCUCGCUCCUCAUCACCUGCCAUAGAGGAGAGGCCUGUGGUGGAUUUCAAAAGUGAGGGCUCUUCCUCCCAGAGCCUGGAUGAUGGGUUGCUGGUCAACGCUCAGUACAUACCGGCCCAGCAGCAAAGUGUGAAGCUUCAUAAAGGCACCCGAAACGUCAAGAUUUUGAAAAGCUCUGCGCUGAAACACAGGCCCCACCUUGCCAACGGGCUGGAAAACGGCUCGCAAACCUUGCGGGAGAAAACCAAACCGGUGGGCAAGAAGUGCCGCUUUCCUGAUGAGUUGGAUACAAAUAAGAAACUGAAAAAGCCCUCCUCACGGGGGAAGAGAGGUGGUGGCUUGCAGCCGGAGUCGGGCCUCCAGAGUCGUCAGGCUGGCCUGCACAAGUCCACCAUCCGAUCCCACGGGCAUGGCCGAGAGGUUGUGGUGGCCAAGCCUAAACACAAGCGGGCUGACUACCGCCGUUGGAAGUCGUCAGCGGAGAUUUCCUACGAGGAGGCUCUACGGAGGGCGAGGAGGAACCGGCGGGAAGCUGUGGGGGUCUACUCGCAAGUCCCCCUGCCCUACGUCAGCCCGUACGCCUACGUGGCCAGCGACUCGGAGUACUCAGCGGAGUGCGAGUCCUUGUUCCACUCCACCGUGGUGGACACGAGCGAGGAUGAGCAGAGCAACUACACGACAAACUGCUUUGGAGACAGUGAGUCGAGCCUGAGCGAGGUGGAGUUUGUAGGGGAGAGCACGACCACCAGUGACUCUGAUGAGAGCGGGGGCCUUAUUUGGUCUCAGUUUGUCCAGACGCUCCCCAUCCAAACGGUCACGGCGCCGGAGCUGCAUGAAAAUGCGGCGAAGGCCUUUGUCAAAAUCAAAGCCUCCCAUAACCUCAAGAAGAAAAUCCUCCGCUUUCGGUCGGGCUCCCUGAAGCUCAUGACAACCGUCUAG